AUGCCGAACGCGGAGAUGAAGAGCAACAUAUGGCCACUUCGGACCGGUAGGCGUCGUGAAGGCAUGCCGCGAGGUUCGAUACCUAAUCGGGAAAGACCGGCUACUUCGGUGUGGCUUGGAGCGAAGCGCGCGCUUGGCCGAGCGGCGUCGAGUGGCCCUAUUGUUCGCCGAAUGCGGAAGACGUUCCGAGAUCUACGCACGAGGCAUCGGGAAGACCGUGCCGAGCUUCGACAGCUCGCCUAUCGCAAGGCUCUGGGCACCAUCCGCGACGAGGAGACGGAGUUGCGCGUCGCCGCCGCCGUCAAACAGCUCGCCGAGCGGGCGUCGGAGUCGUGGGUUGAGUGGGCGCGCGGGGACUGGCCUGAGCUCGCGACCGCCAUCGAUGCCGAGGUCGCGAAGCGUGCGAAGGCCGCCGAGGAGCGCCGCCUCGAAGACGAACGGCGUCGAAAGGACGAAGAGGACCGUCGGAAGCAGGCCGAAGACGAGCGUCGCGCACAAGAGGCCGCCGACGAGGAGUUGGCGAGGAUCGCGGCCGCCGAAGGACUCCUUCCCGACCCUGCGCCUGCCGGUGUCGACAAGGGGAAAGGGCGCACGAGGGUCAACGAGGAGGUCGCUGAGUUGUCCGACGACCCUUCGAUCAAGACUCCUCGGACGCUCGAGCGUCCUUUCGCAAUGACGGAGGUCGAUAUGGCCGCCGUUGCGCUUGAGAAGCGCCUGUCGGGACAGAAGUGCGAUCGUUGCGCCGGCUACCGCUCGGCCCCGGUCGAUUGGGUGUGGGUCGAGAACGGUACGACCUGCGAGAGGUGCGCGCAGUUCCAACAGGGCUGCUAUUUCGACAAGGUGUCUGUCCUAGGCAAGACAAAGAAGACGCGCGGCGGGGGAUCAACCACCAAAAAACGCAUUCGGCCGGCCUCGCCUGGGCCUUCGAUCACGGACUCGGGUGGUUCGAAGAAGCGUCGCGUCGACGAGCCUCCGCGCCCCCUUCUACAACGGCCUCUCGAUGGGGCCAGCCGCCUUGGGCUCGAGCAGGACGACCUUGACGCGCUCGACCUUGACGACGAAUCUCGUGGAAUCAUCCGCGUCAUUCGCGAGGAGCGUGCCCACAUCGCGCGCCGUCGAGCGCUCCUCCACGACAUGGACCUCGACCUUCAAAAGAUGGAGAAGGACGCGCUCGCGAAAGGGGGAAUCGGGUUCGUGCGCGGGGUUGUUGACGAGGACUAG